UGGUCAUCACAGAUACUUUAUUUGGAGUAAUAAAGAUAAAUACAAACUGAAUGUUUUAAUACUCAGUUUGACCAUGGAAAUAUGUGUAACUUACAUACAGAUGGGUGUACUUAAUGUUACAUCUUGUGUUCAGUGGGUUGGAUAGACACAUUUUAUUUGAACUCUGAAGAGACAAACAGUGAAUGGGCUUCCUUUCCUCUGUGUGUGUGUGUGUGUGUGAGCAUUGUUGACCCUGUCUUGUUAGCACACAGAGGAAGAAGUCUCUGUCAGGCGUCACCUGACCGCCUCAGCUCCACACAGGAAGUGUGUUCGUGAAUUCAACAUGGCUGCUGCUGUCUGCAAAUAGAGGAGUUGUCUUUAGCAAUGAAAUAAUCCGAAUAUUUGGCAAACUGUGACACGGUUGACUCAGUUCAGUGUGUUCCGUGGGUUUUAGACGCUGGUCCCGACAUGGCCCAAUGUCUUCAGUCUGUGCAGGAGUUCGUCCAGGACUCGUUUGUCCCGAUGGUGGCCGUCUUGUGCAGUGAAGAAGCGGAGAGAGUGACUCGCAAGAACAACCUGACUUUCGCCGAGCUCCUGAGGCCUUUCUGCAGACUCACCUCCGAAGGUCAUAUCCGGGAUCCCAACAACCAAGUUCUGGUUGUGAAAAACCUGCGUAUCUGCGUCAACAAUGUGGUGACGACUCCAAACACAGCAUCUUCUGCCCUCAGCCCCGCCCAGUGCCGACUGCUCAACGAAGUAGUGUUAUCCUGCCAGCCGCAGGAGGGCUCGGUGAACAAUGUGCUCACGACGGGAGACUAUCAGCUCAACUUCAGCGAUCAUUGUCUUAAAUCUAGCCUCCCCUGGUACAGUGCCUGGAGAGAAGCACUGUUGGAAAUCAACACCUCCAAGCACUUCACAGCAACCACGCCCUGGUUUGAAACCUACAGGGAGAACUUCCUGCAGUCAAUGCCUGCGUCUGACCACGAGUUCCUCAAUCACUACCUUGCCUGCCUACUUGUAGUGUCUUCCACUGAGGCGGUCCCUGUGGAGCAGUUCCUCAAGCUUUCCCAGGAACAGCACAGGAUUCAGCACAGUGGAGAAUUCACUAACCCCAAGUGGUUUAUCCCCAACACACUCAAGUACUACGUCUUACUGCAUGACAUGAGCGAGGGGGAUGAACAAAGGGCAGAUGCAGUGUAUGAGGACAUGAAACAAAGGUAUGGUUCUCAGGGCUGCUACCUGUUGAAAAUGAACACUCGUACCUUCUCAGCUGAAGACGAGGAACAGAUUCCAGACCCCUGGAGUCAGUACCUGCACAAAAAUAAUCUGCAGAACCAGGAUUUGCUGGAGGAUGUAAGUCCAACUGUGAACAGUGGUGCUGUGGAGAACAAUAUCAGUGCAGGUGAAGUGGACUGCCAUCAGUCAACAGAGAAAGACGCAGUGUCCAACAGCCUGGAGAGCCAUCCUCUCCAGCUGGACACACCGAGCAGCUCUGGGAGCCUGCACACCCUCACUGCUGUCAACACGGACCUGAAGAAAGGUGCAAGAGAUCCAGAGAGUGUGUCAGGAGGAGCAGGGAGCCACGGGGCAUGUCUGACUCUGAAUGACCACGACCACAUCAGACAGUUCAUUCAAGAGUUCACCUUCAGAGGGCUGCUGCCACACAUAGAAAAGAACAUCAGACAGCUUAAUGACCAGCUGGUCUCCAGGAAAGGUUUGAGUCGCUCUCUGUUCACUGCAACUAAGAAGUGGUUUGGUGGAGGGAAAGUUCCAGAGAAGAGCGUCAGUGAACCAAAGAGCACGUUUGGUCUUCUAUAUCCCCCAGAAGCCCCUGAGCUGCAGAUCAGGAAGAUGGCUGACCUGUGCUUCCUGGUUCAGCACUACGAGCUGGCCUACAGCUGUUACCACACUGCCAAGAAAGACUUCCUGUCAGACCAGGCUAUGCUGUAUGCUGCCGGGGCACUGGAAAUGGCUGCGGUAGCGGCCUUUCUGCAGGCUGGAGCUCCCAGACCAUAUCCAGCCCAUUACAUGGACACAGCAAUUCAGACGUACAGAGAUGUCUGCAAGAACAUGGUGUUGGCCGAGCGCUGUGCUUUACUCAGUGCUGAGAUACUCAAAAGUCAGGGCAAAUACUCAGAUGCUGCAACGCUCCUCAUUAAGAUGACCAGUGAGGACUCUGACCUGCGCAGUGCUCUGCUGUUGGAACAGGCUGCCCAUUGCUUCAUUAAUAUGCGUAACCCCAUGGUGCGCAAGUUUGCCUUCCACAUGAUCCUGGCUGGUCAUCGAUUCAGCAAAGCAGGACAGAGGAGGCACGCGUUGCGCUGUUACUGCCAAGCCAUGCAGGUGUACAAGGAGAGGGGCUGGUCUUUGGCAGAGGACCACAUCAACUUCACAAUCGGUCGUCAGUCCUUCACACUUCGACAACCGGAGAAUGCCGUAACAGCCUUCAGACAGAUCCUGACCAACGACAGCAAGCAGACGGCCACACAGCAGGGCGCCUUUCUUAGAGAGUAUCUCUAUGUUUACAAGAGUGUUACAGGGGGAGAUGAAGUCAGCCUUCCCCAGCUGCCUCUGCCCUGCAUCCACAGCUCUGCCACGAGGGUCUACUUCGGACAUGAACGCCGCCUUGCAGAAGGAGAAAAGCAGGCAGCUACUCACGUGUCUCUGGACCAGGAGUACGACCAGGAUUUGGCAGUCAUGUGGUGUCACCUAGAGGAGCAGCUUGUGGCCGCUGCCAAUCGAGGAAUAGUCCCAGUAAACUUCCAGCCCACCCAAUACUGCCUGAACAGCCAGACAGACAACUUGCGCCACCCACUGGCUGUGAUGGAGGAGCCGAUCAUCGUGGAGGUGACUUUCAGGAACCCUCUGAAGGUUCCUCUGGCUCUGUCCAACCUCUCACUCCUUUGGAGCUUCACUGCUGAUGAUGUGUCUUCAUCAAAAGAAAACACAACUGAAGACUUGUCCAUCACCAAUGAGGGGAGCCUGGCUUCAGGGGUAACACAGAAUGACGACAUCAUCAGUACUGAGGUUAUCCUGGAGUUUAAUCUGGGCCCAGAAGAGACCAAACUGGCUCGACUCAGGCUGCUGCCACACAGAACAGGCCAACUGAACAUUGUUGGGGUGGUGUACAACCUAGCUGCAGCCUCCACUGGAGAGACUGCUUCCAGUACUGAAGGUCCGCAGGCAUUGGACUUGAUGGUGGUUCGAGGCAAACAGGACCUGAAGAUCCAAGGCCCUCGACUCAACCAGACCAAAGAGGACAAGAUGUUGGUUCGACACGGUCCUGAUCAACGUCUGGAUCCCAUCAUUACACCACCCAUGCCCCUAUUGGAGGUUUUCUUCCUGCAGUUUCCCACCGCUCUGCUGUGUGGUGAGAUCAGAAAGGCCUACGUUGAGUUCUGUAACGUCAGUGGCGUUGCUCUGUGCGGCCUUCGAGUGGUGUCCACGCAUCCCGAUUUCUUCACCUUUGGCAGCCAGGCCACGACACCCCUCACGCCGCUCAGCCCGACCUCGGCUGAAAACAGCUCGGCCUACAGGAUCUUGGCCACGCCGUCCCAGCCCGGCUCAGUAGCAUCUGAGGUGUUGGUUUCAGCCGAGGAUUUCAGGCAGCCGUCAGGCGUAAUGGUGAUCCCAAUUGAUGGCAGCACACUUCAACCGGGGGAGUCCACCCAGCUGCCCCUCUGGCUCAGAGGACCAGACCAGGAGGGAGUGCAUGAAAUCAAUUUUCUAUUCUACUACGAAAGCACAGAGAAAGGAAACAAAAUCAGCCAUCGGGUGUUACGUCACACAGUGUUUAUCUGUGCUAGUCGCUCUCUGAGCGUGCAGGCGUCUGCCUGCCGCAGCAGCAGUCCUCCACAUCACAGUCUGGAUGACAAAGGCGGCGGUGGAACCCUGGUCUUUCUCGAUGUGGAGAACAUCAAUACGAGUGAAGCUGGCGUGCGCGAGUUUCACAUCGUACAGGUGUCCAGUAGCAGUCAACACUGGCGUCUGCACAAGUGUAUCAACCCGGCCAAAGAUACAGACUGUAAACUAACCAGCAGAGAAAGAGCCAAGCUGUGUUUCAGGGCCACACGAUGCAAACCGCAGCAAGCUACCUCGGGCACCGUGGAGAAAUACACCUUUGCAGACCUGAAUCUGGGAAACGAACGGAUCAUCAGUUCCUCCACACCCUGUGGAGAUUUCUUCUUCCGUGGCUGUCGGAGUUCAGAGUCUCAGCGAGUAGAAACGGCGUCAACCAGGACGCCAUCCGGCAACAAGAGUCAGAGCUGUGUCCCCGCUGAGGACAGAGCCUCUGACAUCACCAACAUUGUCAAGAAGUGUAAUGAGCUGGACCUUAACAUUAUUGUCAUCUGGAAGGCCUAUGUGGUCGAGGACAACAAACAGCUGAUCCUAGAGGGCCAGCUCCAUGUGGCACUGCAGACUAUUGGCAAAGAAGCUAGCUCCUUUACUCCCAAAGAGGAAGCUCAGGAGAUGGUGCUGCUGAAGUUUAAGUCAGAGCUUCCUCCUCCAGUCGUCCUCCCCUCUGCAGAGCUGUCUCAACUCAUCAAAACCAACCUGCACUACCCGGAGACCUACACACAUCCAUUUGUCCAGGAUAGUCUCUGUGUGGUGCCGGUUACUCUGACUCUAUCCAACUGUUCCUUGGCACAAGUGGAUGUCAUCAUUGACUUGCGGCACAAAAGCACCAGCCCGGAGUCUCUGGAGGUCCACAGCUCGUUCACCUGGGUGGGUCAGACCCAGUACAAGCUGCAGCUGAAGCCUCAGGAGGUGCUGUGCCUGACCCUGCGAGCGUGUUUCCUCCAAGCGGGAGUCUACAACCUCAACACGCCACGAGUGUUCGCCAAGCCGGCGGAGCAGGGCGCCAUGUGCGAGACGAGUCAGCAGACAGCUAGUCCUGCUCUCAUAAUCAUCAACAGCGCCUGAGCGGAGCAUCAAGGCCUGCAGACUGGACAUGGACUCUCUGGACAGAGAAACCACUGAAUAGAGUCCAUGUUCAAACAUGACCAUAAAUGUCCUUCUUGAUUAAUACUGGACAACAGGAAAAAUACUGAUGAUUUGUACCAAUUAGUAAAAAUAGAAAAAGGUUUAUUUAAAACAAACCGCUACAGUUUAUAGACAUUGGUGAGCUGUUGUUACAGAUUAAGUGAUCAGACAGUUUAUAGACCUCAGAACUAUUUCGUUUCAUCAGCCAAGCCUCAAAGAGUUUGACUUGCACAUUACUUUUUCUGUACGAGGCCCUCUUAUCAGCGCACAGGUUCACCCUCCUAUCAUUUCACCCCCACCGUACCUCUUCUGUCUCCACCCUUCCGUUUCACCAGCAAAUACCCACUAAUCUAACAACAGCUAGGUCAUCUGGCAGACACGUGCUACUCUUAGACCAGAAUGCUGAGUCUGAUCUACAACCUUAAAGCAAAGUCAGAGGCAAACUUCUGCACGUAUUUUCAACAAGGUGUGUGCCGAUGUCGGGCCACGUCACUUUCUGUGUUUGGUCCUGUUCAGCUGGACUGGCUUUUCCCGCCACACUCGUGGACUGACGCUGUCUGCUGCAACAGAGCAGAACUUUCAGUCUGCGAAUAUGCUGAACUACGUUUCUCCGUAUGGACCGAACAGUAGUUUUGAAGUGUCAGUUACUGUGACACAUUAAUGAGAGCUGUUUACAUCCCGAAUAUUAACACCUGACCUCACAUCACCAUCUUUUCAUCGAGUUCUAGCUACUCCUGAGGACCUUGGCAAGAGGCUGAUGAGUGAACCCCAUUUUACUCCACAUUCUCUGUGUGACUACCCAUAAUGCCUCAUGUGCAUGCAGUUGAUUUUCUAGACUCCAUCCCACCUGAUGAGAACCCCCCCCCACCAG